AUGGAGGCCCAGAACCACCCAGAAUCCAAGUCAACCAGACAAAAGUUCACAGCUGAAGAAGAUGCACGCCUUAUCGAACUUGUUCGUAUCCACGGUAACAAGGCUUGGAAGAAGAUUGCCUCAAUAAUGAAAACAAGAACAACCAGACAGUGCCGUGAGCGCUACAUUAACUAUCUUUCCCCAAGUGUCACAAACGGCCCAUGGAGCGCACAGGAAGACUCUCUCCUUAUUGAGAAAGUUCAGGAAAUGGGUCCAAAAUGGUCGAAGAUUGCAAAAUUCUUCCCAUCCCGUUCCGAUGUCAACAUCAAAAACAGAUACGCCCUCUUCGUAUCAAAGGGUAGAGCUCCAGCUCUUCAGACACUUCCUCGUGAAAAACACGUUACUCCUGAAGCAAAAGUUCCUGAACAAAUUCCUCAGCAAUUUGUUACUCCAGUUAGUGGUACAGACUCUCCUGUUAGCAACUCUUCGGAGAUGUCUAUGGAUGAAUUACUAGACUCCCUCUGCAACGAAGAGGAAGAUCAAGCCCAAGUUUCCUUCUCAGGAAGCGAUCCAGAGGCAAUCGAUUGGAACGAUAACUUCGACUUCUCAAUUUUCUAA